GGAAAACUCACAGAACAGACACACCUGUGUCCUACAGCUAACAGGUCUUCGGAGUGGAGGGCUCAGAAGAUGCCCUGAGGAUAUCGUUCAGGGGGAUGGGAUAUACAUGUUGAUAACUUUAUGGAUACUUUAUGGAGAAAUACACUCUCCAUGGCUUGGCUCAAGUGGCAGUUACAUUCCUGGUCAAGAAUAAAGGGUAGUCUCUAAGCCUCAAGGACUACUAACUACAACAAGAGCGUAGUCCACGAAGGCUUUGUUUUUUGGCGAUAACUUCACCAAAAGGCCUCAACUGACAGGCUUUGCUGUCCUCCUGUGUGAACUCCACCGAGAGGUCUCUGACCAUGAGAGACCGUCUGGAGGAACUGCGUCAGAGGGCCCAGGAGUUCCGGGAGGCGAGCAACAAGGUAGUUGAGACCCCAUUCCCUGAGGAGGACGCUGACCUUGAUGACCAGGCGUGGAUUAGUGUCGCCACCCCGCAACAGGCUGUGGUGUUUGAGGAGGAACCAGUCCUGGACAACUUCCUGUCCGAGGCUCAGCAUAUCCGCUGUGACAUCACUGAGCUGGAAACUGAGGUGAAGAAGUUUAGCCAGCAACAAAGGAGCCUGGUGGCAACCAUGCGUCGUUUCAGUGUGAUGAAGAAGGAGAGCAGUGUGACGAGGGACAUCAAGCUGAAGGCAGAGAGCAUCCACAGAAAGCUGGACGUCCUCUCCAAGAAGGCACAGAGUUUAGAAGGCCUGCAGGGACAGGCUACAGCCACUACACGCAUCCAACGCUCCCAACACGCAGCGCUACACAGACAUUUCCAACAGGUGAUGCGUCUGUACAACGACUCCAUCCUUAGUAAACAGGAGCGUUGUAAACACUUCAUCAUCCGCCAGCUGGAGGUGUCUGGUCGCGAUGUCACCGAGGAGGAAGUGGACGAAAUGGUUGCUGCGGGGAAGUGGGAGGUGUUUAACCAGAACCUCCUCAACAACGAACGCAUCACACGCUCUAAGCUGUCUGAGAUCGAGCAGAGACACAAGGAGCUGGUGAAUCUGGAGAGCAACAUGAAGGAGCUGAGAGAUCUGUUCAUGGAUAUCUUUAUGUUGGUGGAGGAGCAGGGAGACUACAUAAACCACAUCCAGACCAGCGUAGAGAAGACACAGGACUACGUCACCGUCACUAACGAGAAGUUUAAAAUGGCUGCAAGGUACAGGAAAAAGAACCCUCUGAGGAGGCUGUGCUGCUGUUGUUGCCCCUGGAGGUGAUGCACAUAGAGGAGAGACUGGAGACUGGAGAUACCCCUGGAGGUUUUUCAGAUGGGGAGAGGAUGAACUCUGGUGUGGAGAGUCUACAGGUGCAAAAAUCAACUGCUUACGUUGGUCAGAAAUCAUCCAAGAAGAAUAGGAUUCUAAGAGGAUGUGCAAUUGAAGCAGAGUGGGAGUCAGUGUUUCUACUCCUGAUGGACUACUGAAGGACUGAUUAACUCAAGACAGAAUGCACUUUGAGAAUCAGCAAGACUGUUUAACUGGACAGAAGUGUUCACAAUGUGGAGACAGCUUGGAUGUUACUUUCAUGAAUCGCUGUUUUACGAUUCAUGUUAGUUUUUCUAUUUACUUAAACUUCAUGUGUAUGUACAGUACCAGUCAAAA